AUGUUUAUAUUUAUUAAUCAUUUUGCCACCACCAUUGCCCAAAAUAGUGGUAAAAAGACUAACCUUUCUAGUGAACCUACCACAAGUCUGAAAAGACCCUUUAGCGAUGAAUUAUAUGUUUAUCAAAGUAAGGACGAACCAACUACAUCGAAUACCCCAUAUGAGGAUGCAAUAAUUACGACCCAGAAUCAAUGCGAAUGGUUUGAUAUACCACUUGAUGACGAAAAUGAGAAGAAAUCACACCCCGCAAAGAAAGUAGCAAGAAGAUGGUCAUUUCGCCAAGUGAAGCUACCCGACAGGAAUCAAAUCGGACGGAUAUGGAACAGGGUGGUUAGGUUAUAUAGGAAUCCAAAUAAGAACCCAAAGAUGUCGAAGCCCAUCCUAGCUUUUUCUAAUGCGAGAGAGAGGAAAAUGGCUAUUAUGGAAGCUAAGAUCAAAGCUUUCGAAUACGCAAGUUUUCAAAGCUGUUUCAAAGACCACUCGUUUACUGGCUUAGAAGACGAAGUUAAGAUAUUGAGGAUUGGCAAAUUGAUUAAACCCAUCGAUCAUUUAAUGCGUUUUGAAAGGUCAAAAAGGCAAUUACAUAUCUUGGAUACCAUACCAGAAGUGGAUGAAAGGGAAUAUCUUCUAACUACUAUAUAUUCUACAGGUAAAACGUGGAUCACGCGAGCCCUCAAAAACAAGCGGCAAAUAAAUCAAACCCCUUAA